AGCAGAAGCCAGAGCUCCGCUCACAUAUAUUUCCUCUCCUUUGGACUUCCGCCGGAACUAGCGACGCCACUUCCUCUACCUGCCGUUGUCCACCAUGGCCCCGAAAAGAGGUGCUAAACCCUCAGCAGUUGCCAAGAAGAAAUCUGAUAAGGUUGUGAAUCCAUUGUUCGAGAAAAGGCCGAAGCAAUUUGGAAUUGGUGGUGCUCUCCCUCCCAAAAGGGAUUUGACUAGAUUUGUCAAGUGGCCUCAUGUUGUUCGUAUUCAAAGGCAAAGGAGGAUCUUGAGGCAACGUUUGAAGGUUCCUCCUGCUGUGAACCAGUUUACGAAAGCACUAGACAAGAAUCUAGCGACACAGCUAUUCAAGCUUUUGCUGAAGUAUCGGCCAGAGGACAAAGCUGCUAAGAAAGAGAGGCUUAUCAGCAAAGCACAAGCUGAAGCUGAAGGAAAGACUGUGGAGUCCAAGAAGCCCAUUGUCGUUAAGUACGGACUUAACCAUGUGACUUACCUUAUCGAGCAGAACAAAGCCCAACUGGUUGUUAUUGCUCAUGAUGUCGAUCCAAUUGAGCUGGUUGUCUGGUUGCCUGCACUGUGCCGGAAGAUGGAGGUACCAUAUGCUAUCGUGAAGGGCAAGUCUAGGCUUGGAGCGAUUGUCCACCAGAAGACAGCUGCUGCUUUGUGCCUUACAUCUGUGAAGAAUGAGGACAAAAUGGAGUUCAGCAAGAUUUUGGAGGCAGUGAAGGCUAACUUCAACGACAAGUUCGAUGAGCACAGGAAGAAGUGGGGUGGUGGGAUCAUGGGAUCCAAGUCUCAGGCCAAGACCAAAGCCAAGGAGAGACUCUUGGCCAAGGAAGCUGCUCAAAGGAUGUCUUAAGUUUUUAGCUUUGAUGUAGCAAGGAUAUUUGUCAAUUUUGAGGAUGGUUUUGUUCUUCCCUUUGAACUUUGCUUCUUAGUGUGCUACUAAAUCUGUUUCUCUUCCCUCUUUUCGUUGAGAAUCAUAAUAUUUAGUACUGUCAGUUGAUGGAGGGAUUAUGAAUGAAGGUACUUUUGCUAAGAGAUGGCUGAUAUGUUAUUGUUCUGUGUCGAAAAUAUUGAU